AUGUCGACACCACAGUUCGCGACCUUCCGUCGCUUCGUCCUCACAGGCAGUAUUGCCGCCGUCACGGCAACAGGAGCUUGGUAUGGUGCGGGUCUGAAGAUGAAGCAAGACAUCAAACAGGAAAAACAAAAGGCAGCCGAAGCAACACCCCUCCAACAAAUCACCGAACUGGAAACCUAUCGCGCCAAUCUCAUGCAAAAGAAGAUCAUGCUGGACAAGAAGAUUGAAGAGUUGGAGACCAAGAAGAGGAAAGAGGAGAGAAGAAGAAUAAAAGAGUUGAAAAGGUUGGAGAAGGAGAAGGCUGAGAAGGGCGAGUAA